GCACAGUGACACUUGAGUGAGAUAAUAUAUCUUCUGCCGGGUGCCGCAGAAUAUCAGAGUCCUGGGAUUGUGUCAGAGUCUGUUGCAAAAUUAAACUGGAUAUUACAAACAUGGGGAUCCAGAAAGUUGACGAAGACAGCGUUAAUCACGCCCAUUUUCAAAACCAACCAGAGUUGAUUGAUGAUGAUGAAGAUUCAAGUAUCCCUAUUCAACCUAAGUCUCCCAAAACCAGAAAACAGCGUGCUCCAAAUUCUCCUCGUCCUCAAACAUUCAUGAAAGAGAAAGGAGUCAGACAUGCCAGAAGAUAUGCAAACACUUGCUACCUGUUGGAUAUGGUGGACUGUGAAGAAUUUGGUGAGGUUACAAUUUCUGAUUUUAUGGAGUGUCACCAAACGGUAUUUGGUGAGCUAUUAACUGAUAAAGCCAGCAUGAAGAUUUGGAGUGAUUUUGUGAACCACCCUGAAGAUCAACAAGAGGAAUUCCUUUUAAGCCUUGAAGGUAAGGAAACUGUGAAAGAAGACAAAGAUGGUGAUACUGAAAAGAAAUCUAAAUCAGAAAUAGUAACUGAAGACAAACGUACAGACCAUCCUGCUGCGUAUACUGCUCGUCCUGAUCAAUGUUUUAAGCGAAUUAAUGGAAGGUUGAAGACAUUGUUACACAGAAGACAUUUACCAAAGGGAACGCUAGAAGUUCUUGAGGAUGAAGUUCUUUUCUGGUUCCAGCUGUGUCCAGAUGCUGUAUUCAUAUCUUUGUUGACAAGUAGUUUUGACAGAUUACUGCUCCACGCUGUGUGUCAGUAUAUGGAUCUCAAAUCACGAAGUGAUGAAUUUGAAGGAAUUCGGCAUACAGAAGUUGUAAACAGUCGAACAGGAUUUGUACCGCCUGAGAUGAAAUUAUCUCAGUAUGUUGAAACAUUUAGCUAA